GAGCAAAUAUCGCGAGAAACCCCGAGAGUUAGCGCAGUGUGUCCUUCGCAGCAUCUCCAUCACUCUCCGCUCUACCUUCUGCUUCUGCCAGCACGUUCAGUAUAUCGUGUUUAUAAUACACUAAGCUUAAGUAUUAUUAUCAUGGCUGAUGCUGCAAUUUCCUUUGCUAAAGACUUCUUGGCCGGUGGGGUCGCAGCGGCUAUUUCCAAAACUGCAGUCGCGCCGAUAGAGAGAGUCAAACUGCUGCUGCAGGUACAACAUGCCAGCAAGCAGAUCAGUGUAGACAAACAGUACAAAGGUAUUGUCGACUGUAUUGUGAGGAUUCCUAAGGAGCAAGGCUUUGUUUCCUUUUGGCGCGGCAACCUAGCCAACGUCAUUCGCUAUUUCCCCACACAAGCCCUCAACUUUGCCUUCAAGGACAAGUACAAACAAAUAUUCUUGGGUGGCGUUGAUAAGCACACGCAGUUCUGGCGAUACUUCGCCGGCAACCUGGCCUCCGGGGGAGCCGCAGGAGCCACUUCCCUCUGUUUCGUCUACCCCCUGGAUUUCGCUCGUACCCGCUUGGCUGCAGAUGUUGGCAAAGCUGGCAGCGGCAGAGAGUUCAAUGGGCUGGCUGACUGCCUGGUCAAAAUCUUUAGGUCAGACGGGUUGCGGGGUCUGUACCAGGGCUUCAACGUCUCUGUCCAGGGCAUCAUUAUUUACAGGGCCGCCUACUUCGGAGUCUAUGACACUGCUAAAGGCAUGCUUCCCGACCCUAAGAACACCCACAUUGUGGUCAGCUGGAUGAUUGCACAAACUGUGACAGCAGCGGCUGGCGUGGUGUCCUAUCCAUUUGACACUGUGCGGCGUCGCAUGAUGAUGCAGUCCGGGCGCAAAGGAGCGGAUAUUAUGUACACUGGAACCCUUGACUGCUGGAGAAAGAUCGCUCGUGAUGAGGGUGGAAAAGCUUUCUUCAAAGGGGCUCUGUCUAAUGUUUUCAGAGGAAUGGGGGGCGCUUUUGUGCUCGUGCUUUAUGAUGAAUUCAAGAAGCUUGUUUAAAAAAUAUGCCCUAAAAUAUGGUAGAAUAGCUUUUACCACACAGCUUUGUCAAGCUUUAACCAAACCCUCUCCACUCCGCACAGAUGUGGUCUUGGUUUAAUUGUGUUAGAUUCCAAAAGCAAUUAAUAAUGUUCUUUAAUUUUGUUUGUUGCUAUAUUUUUAUGUUUAGAAAAUGCUCUGUCCUGUAAUGAUAAAUAACCCAUAUUUUGUUAAAAGAAAGCAGUCAGAGAAAUAUUACAGAUAAAAUUCUAAAAUUGGUAAUAUAAGGGAAAAUUGUUGUAUAUUUAUGCUCAAAAGUAUUUAAAGAAUAUAUAUGAGUUUAUCGAUUAUAUCUAUAAUAUUGCUUCAUAACUCUGAGCCAUAGCCAUCAAUACCAUGCAAUACCACAAUACCUCCUCAAGAUGGCGUGACACAACAGCAUUUUGUCCUGCAUUCGUUAAGUACCAUGUUCUUGUAGUCGCUCAGCUCAGUUUUUCAGUUCUUCUAGCCAAGGUCUGUGGUAACAAGGGUAUACAAUAUCACUCUCAAGAAAAAAAUGUCAAGUUCAAACACACAGAAUAACGUUCCACACUUUAAACGUUUUCUCAAGUUGGGCUUGUAAAACCAACUGAGAGCUGGUGUCCGAUGGAAUCAAAGACGUAUUAAAUAUGACGCUUUAAUUCACAACAGAUUUGCCCUCUAUGUGUCUCAGCAGUGAAAGAGAGCCUAGAAAAGUGUUCCAGCAGAGAAUGUGUGGAGCCAGAGACAUGGCUUUCACAGUCAGACCUUAUGUGACACGAAAAGUAUAUUUCCAUGAUUUCUCUUUUUGGAAGUCCGCUUAAGUAUUUUCCAUCUUGGAUAAUGAGGGGAGUCAUAUUUUCACGGUCAUUUUCUUGUCAGUCUCAGUGUUUGGUUGCGUCAGGCUGAUCUUGAUGAAGUAGAUCCCGCUUUUAGAAGUAUAAAUGUGAGGGCAAGUAAGGAAGGGCAUUGUGAGUUCAGUAAUGACACUGAAACGUUAUACCAUUUUUAGCAUGUAGAGCUAUUGUAAUCUUAUUCCACACUAUAUGGAGAGAAAGGCUGUAAGACUACUUGCAGUGAUGUUUGAACACCAAGAAUGCUUGUAAAUUCAAUAAAAGUGGAUGGCCUACCCUA